UCAUGAACCAUUCUUUGAUGCGCUUGCUUUUAUUACCAACUCGGCUAAGUUUAUGGAUUCUCUCUUUGGUAUAUUAUAUCGUUGUGUAUGGCACAGCUGGAAUCACUGCUUGUUUGGUUUUGAUCCGAAUUGCCUGGACUGGAUUUAGGGAUCCGUAUAGAACUUUCCAAUGGACCAUCCGAAAGAAACCCCCAGACUGCCUCCAAGACCCUGCACUUGGCCACCAUGCAUAUCUGAAGGGCCGGAGCUCAGGCUUGAGGUUCCAUUAUGUAACUAAAGGAGACCCCAGAAAGCCUCUAAUGUUGUUUCUUCAUGGAUUCCCUGAGAACUGGUACUCCUGGCGUUACCAAAUGAAUGAAUUCAGCCGUAAUUACCACACGGUGGCGCUAGAUCUGCGUGGCUGUGGAGAUUCGGACGCACCCGACCGGCUGGAGGAAUACUCACUGGAGACACUCUUAUAUGACAUCAGAGACACCAUCGAUGAAUUGGGUCACACGAGAUGUAUAUUGGUGGGCCAUGACUGGGGUGGGAUGCUGGCAUGGCAUUUUGCACUGGAGCGGCCCGACAUGGUGCAGCUUCUCAUCGUCAUGAACGCCCCUCACCCUGCCUCAUGGCUGGAUGCAGUUUUGAGAAGACCUUCUCAGCUGCUGCGCUCAGGACAUUUGGUUCGAGGUCUGUUUUGUGGCACGAACGUGGGCAUCAAGAACAAAGCCAGCAGACUGACUGAGUCCCAGCUGGAGGGUUACCUGUACCGGCUGUCCCAGCCUGGAGGUCUCACAGCCCCUCUCAACUACUUCCGCUCUCUCCUCAGUAACACUCUGUACAAGCAUCAGGAUGUUGGUGUGCCCUGCAUGUUAAUUUGGGGUGAGGCAGACAAUAUACUGGUGGAGGGCAUGUCCGGUGGAACGAGGCCUUACGUAAGGGGUCCCGUCGUCAUUCACACGAUUCCCGAAUGCAGCCACUGGGUUCAGCAGGAUCAACCUGAGAUAGUCAACAAACUCAUAUGGGACUUUGUUCUGGAUAAAGACAUCAUAAAACACAAUCAUUGAUUGCCUUUGGUUCACUUGGCGCAAUGACGAAUAUUUUUUUUUGUCUUUGGCAAGGUUUCAGAUUUUCACU